UCUGUAGCCACAAAGUAUUCCAUGGCUACUAUGAAGUUAUCCCUUAUCGUUUUUCUUGUGCUUGGAUCGGCACCCAAGCUAGUCACGUGAUGCAAACUUAUAUCAUUAGCCACAACACCGCCACCUCAUGAGCCACCGGCUAUCGAUAAUCCAGUUCUUGCUGCCGACAACGUUCAACCGUCCGCACCAUCUCCGCUGGGCUUCGCAUUUGGCCAAGCACAGCAAGUUGAUCAGAUGACAGCAUGCCUCCUCCGCAGAUUAAGCAGGACCUGAACCGGUCCGGAUGGGAGACAACUGAUUUCCCCUCGGUUUGCGAGAACUGCCUCCCGGACAAUCCUUAUGUUCAGAUGCUCAAGGAAGACCAUGGCGCAGAAUGCAAGAUCUGUACCCGUCCUUUCACCAUAUUCCGCUGGAAAGCCGACCGCACCGCACGCCAGAAGCGAACCAGCAUCUGCCUGACCUGCGCGCGGUUGAAGAACUGUUGUCAAUGUUGCAUGCUCGAUCUGUCCUUCGGGCUUCCCAUUGUGGUUCGUGAUGCCGCUCUGAAGAUGGUUGCGCCCGGCCCCGAAAGCACGAUCAACCGCGAAUACUACGCACAAGGCCACGAGAAGGAAAUCGAAGAGGGGCGCGGCGCGGUGGAAGAAUACGAGAAGACGGAUGAGAAAGCUCGGGAAUUGCUUCGGAGACUCGCCAACAGCGAACCCUACUACAGGAAGCCUCGCCAGAUUGAGGGGCCCUCGGGAGACGGAGAGGGAGAGCCUGCAGGAUCCAGCGACGCGCCAGUCGUACACAGCCGAUACGGAAAUGGCCCGGGACCCAUUCGGACAAGCGACAGCAGAAGGGGAACACCGCUCCCUGGAAGAGGACGGGGCGGUAUGCGUGGUGGUCGAGGAGGACGCCCAUUUCCCAGCGCCGCCCAGGUGCCCCCAUCGGCAGAAGAUAUUCUACCUCCCGCCGACCCGAACAUCACCUCGCUUUUUGUUACUGGUGUGGAGGAUGAUCUUCCGGAACAUACCCUCCGUACCUUCUUCUCACAGUUUGGACAACUGCGGUCGCUGAUCUGCUCCCACCGUGCGCACUCGGCGUUCAUCAACUAUGCUACUCGCGAGGGUGCCGAGGCCGCCGCGAAGCAAUGCCAGGGUAGGGCCGUCAUCGAGGGUUGCCCUCUGCGUGUCCGCUGGGGUAAGCCUAAGCCAUUGGAUAACAUGGAUCGCGAGGAGCGCUUGAAGUAUGCUCGGGAAGGUCGGCAGGCGGCAGGCCCGCGGCUCGCCGAUUCAGGGAAGAAAGCCAUCACAGCUGCCGGGGACGAGAUUGGCAAAGAGCAGAGACCACGGAAUUAUGCAGUCGCGCCACCCCCGGGCGCUGGAGAGAUCCAGUACUCCAGCUUGUCUGGCGAUUAAGCUGAUAUUGACUUUACUUGUUUUCUACGGGAUUCAGGAACAGGAGGCUUCCAUGUAUGUUCGUGAGCGGGCGUUGUGUAUAUUUCUACAUUCUGAUUAAACCAUAAAAUACCCCAAAGAGACGCCGAAGGAGAGAAAAGUUUGGGUAUACUAUAAUACAAUCCUGCAAAUGCCAUAGUCUGCAGUCAUCCUUACCCACGCAUUGCAUCGUAAGAGGC